CUAAUAAUCGAGUCAGUAGAGGCAGUCAUCUCGGUCACUGGCACUUUAUAGUGAGGUCCCCUUUAUUUUCGCAUCGGAUAUGAUCUGGAGACUUGUGGUCCUAAGUGGGCUCUGCGUCCUUCUCCUGGGUGCUGAAGGCAGCAGCCGCGGGGGGAGGACGGUGACUUUCCAUCGGACUCAGCAGGAUGAGAGCCAGGGCCAAGCGCGCGCACGCCCCAGGAGGGACAUCAGCGGCUCCUCCGGCACCCCCAGGCCCUCUCACGGUCCUCCCUUCACCUCCUGCAAGACCCCCCUCACCCCCGCCGAGCACACGGUUCUGGAUGACAAUACACAUGAGACAGGGUUCAACGGUGACGAUGGCUCCCAUGUGAUUCUCACAUGGGUGGGCGAUGGCACAGGAGUCGUCCUGGUGCUGUCGACAUUUAGUGCCCCAAUAGAUUCUUUCUUUGAAGGAGGCUCCUCACGACUUUAUCGAAGUACGGAUUAUGGUAAAUCCUUCCAUGACAUUUCCCAUCGGAUCAACAACACCUUCAUAAGGGAGGAGUUUGGAGUCAGUGUUGGACCAGGGAGCUCUGUGAUAUUGACAGCAGACAUACCGGUGGUGGAACACCGAGGUGGGGUCAUCUUCACCUCCACGGAUGCCGGUGCAACAUUCAAGUUCAUCCAACUGCCCUUCCACUUGGCUCAGCCAAUCACAUACCACUUCCUCAACCCUGACUACCUCGUGGCCCUCAGCAUUGAAGGCAGUCUAUGGCUCUCUCUGGACUUUGGCGCCAAGUGGACAAAAGUUCAUGAUGGAGUGCAUUCUUUCUCAUGGGGGGCUGGCAAUAAUAUGUUCUUCAGCUGCAGUCAAGUAGACACAGUUGAGGCUGAUGAGAGGGGGGAUUUAGUGCUGAAGAGGACGAAGGACCUGGGGAAGACCUUCACCACCAUCCACGAGGACAUCUACAGCUUUGGCUACAUAGGAGCCUUUCUCUUCUUUUCUGUGAUGGAAGAUCCGAGAUCCCCUCGUGUCAUGUAUUUCUCAUCAGACCAAGGAAACACCUUCAGUCGAGCCCUGCUCCCUUCUGCCUCCACUGAGCAGUUCUACUCCAUCCUGGAUGGGGAUGAAGAUAUGCUCUUCAUGCAUGUGGACAACCCAGGAGACACCUUCUUUGGGACCAUGUACACGUCAGAUGACCGUGGUAUCUUAUUCUCCAAAUCACUGGAGCGUCACCUGUUCGAUGGGCAGAGAAAGAGCGAUUUCACAAACAUAACGUCACUGCGUGGAGUCUACCUCACCAACAAACUAGACGAGGAUGGCCGCAUAAGAUCCGUAAUCUCCUUCAACAGAGGAGGGACAUGGAGACAACUCAACAAACCUAAAAAUGUGGACUGUGGAGAGCAAGUAACAAAAUGCAACCUUCAUAUCCAUGGAGAGCACAGUCGCAACAACCGCAUCGUUCCCAUGCUGGCCCUGUCUGAGCCAACUGCUAUUGGUCUGGUUAUCGCCCAUGGUACUGUGGGUGACUCUCUGUCUUCGUCACAGCACCCAGAUGUGUUUGUCUCCUCAGACGGGGGUUAUAACUGGAGGGGGACGCUGAGGGGUCCCCACCACUACAGCAUAUUGGACUCUGGGGCUCUCAUUGUGGCUGUGGAGGCCCAGCGCGAAGGACAAGUCAAGACCAUCAAGUUCUCCACAGAUGAGGGCCAAUGCUGGAAGUCCUAUAACUUCACAGAUCAGCCCUUCUUCUUCGCAGGCUUGGCAUCCGAGCCAGGCACCAAGGCCAUGAACGUCAGCGUGUGGGGCUUUCGGCCUGAGGAGGACGGCCAGCCCAUGUGGGUGACCGUCACCAUUGAUUUCCAGAGCCUCAUUACGAGAGAGUGUAAUGCCAACGACUAUGAAGAGUGGUUGGCUCAUUCUACAGAUGAAUCAGACACGGAGAGAGACGGCUGCGUCUUGGGUGUCAAAGAGACAUACAGGAGGCUGAAGAAACAAUCUGUGUGCAGAAAUGGGCGAGGCUUUGUGGUGAGCAAGAGGCAAAGCCCAUGCCUGUGCACCAGAGAAGAUUACCUAUGCGACUACGGUUACUAUCGUCAUGUGAACACCUCAGACUGUGUGAGACAAUCCAGCUCUGCAAACAAAACCUUGGAACUCUGUCUGAAUGGAGAGGAGGAUGAGCUUCUGACAGCUGGGUACCGUAAGGUCCCGAGUGACAGGUGUGAGGGGGGAUUCAGUCCACAGCUGGCAGUGCAGACGGUCAUCAGACCCUGUGGUGUUAAAACCAGCCCCGGCCCACCUGCCAGGUCCUCGUCUCCAGUCACACACUUUGACACACCGCGAGAGAGGCUGGUGCUGAUCCUGGUGUGCGCAGGAGCAGGAGUCAUCGUCCUGGUGGCCAUUGUUUCCUCCGUCUUUGCUGUCAAGAGGGUGGUGUACAGAAACAGGACACCCGUGUACCGUUUCUCCAACCUCCAGAUUCAGGAUGAUGAUAAUGGCAUCACUGCCGACCUCGAAAGCGCCACCAGCAGCAAUGGAGCAGCCUGCCAGCAAGACUCAGAUGAUGAGCUUAUUGAAUGACACAGUCUAUGCACAUGACACAUUAAUGGAUGUAAUAAAUAAUGGAUUGAAAGCAGCUGUGCUGAAAAAGACUGCCAACCACAUUUUGCUGGACUUAUCCCUGAUGUUUUGACGGGAGCACUCUUCGUGGCAGGCUCUAAAGAUUUUUAAUGACAAGCAUGAAAGUAUCUUAAUUUAUUGAGCUCACUUCAUUUCAUUGCUUUAUUUUAAUUACUCUUUGAUUUGUACAGUAUUUUUUUUUAUUUUGAUUGUACUCUGUGUUGCACCGCCUUUUUACUUUCUGUUUAAUGUGAAAACAAACAAGACAAUCCUGAAAUGUGCAUCUGUAAAAAGAAAAUACAUCUUGUUAUUAUGUGCUCUUUAAUACUGUGUAUGUUGAAGAUUAAAUAAUAUGCCAUGAUCCGGUUAAAUGCACAAUAAACCUUCCCAAGCUGUUGUCCCUCAGUGGACACUGUGGCGCUGUAA